UUGUAGAGCCUAAUAUUGUGCUUUGUGAUAGUUACAGCUCAGUUAGAUGCAGGCCAAUUUUGUCCCUUUUUGCACACGUCAGUAAAGUGGUGCCGGUUGCGCGGAGAGGAUCAUAACUCAGCCGCUCCCAUUCCUCACAUCCCUCUGCUCUCCUCAUUGUGCUCUGCUGACUCAGUGCCUUAAGCAUCAGCCGCUCUCAACGCCACUGGCACAAUCCACGAUCAUUGUGGAAAUUAAUACGCAUUCGAGAAAGGAUACCAUGGCCAAAACAGCUAUCGCAUACAAGGAAAAGAUGAAGGAGCUGUCCAUGCUCUCGCUCAUUUGCUCCUGUUUCAGCCCACAGAUACGCAACAACAUUGCCCAUGAAUUUGAAGAUAUGGAAGUAAAGCCCAUAAACAAAAGGGCCUCAGGCCAGGCUUUUGAGGUGAUCUUGAAACCACCCUCACCAGUGUCAGAUGUGACUCACAGCAUCACCUCCCCUCCAAAGAAGAGGGAUGUCUCGCUGGAGGACAUCCAGAAGAAGUUGGAGGCUGCUGAGGAUCGCCGGAGGUCCCAGGAAGCUCAGGUGCUCAAAGCUCUGGCUGAGAAACGUGAUCACGAGAGGGAUGUACUCCUCAAAGCCAUGGAGGAAAACAGCAACUUCAGCAAGAUGGCAGAGGAGAAGCUCAUUCAGAAGAUGGAGCAGAUCAAGGAAAACCGUGAGGCCCACCUGGCAUCCAUGAUGGAACGUUUGCAUGAGAAGGAGCGGCAUGCUGCAAUCGUCCGCAGGAACAAGGAGCUGAGGGAAGCGCUAAUAGCGUGAAGUUCUCCUCCUCACACCCUUCAUCAACCAACUUGUCAUCCUAUCUUGCUCACACACACUCACACACAAACACUGGAAAAAACAGUCAAAAACGUCUAGUAUCACACUCAUACUGUUUGAAAGCUCUUGCUUGAUUUCAUAGACUAAUGGGAAGACACAAGUUUUAUUUUGUAAAUACCUUUUUAUCUCUAUCUAUCUAUCUAUCUAUCUAUCUAUCUAUCUAUCUAUCUAUCUAUCUAUCUAUCUAUCUAUCUAUCUAUCUAUCUAUCUAUCUAUCUAUCUAUCUAUCUAUCUAUCUAUCUAUCUAUCUAUCUAUCUGAUCAGAUUGAAUGAUAACAAAUCAAAUGUAUCAAAUCUAUGCGAUAAAGUGUUAAGUUAAUUAUUUGACUAUUAUCAUAUCAUUAUUAUAGUUUGUUCAGGCACGUCUGGUUUGAUCAUGUGAAAGGUGUUGAUGAUGUGAGUAAGCUGCUUGCUUACAUUUGCGGUGUUAAAUUAUGUAAAGUUUGGUGUAAUUGUGAAGAAUGCAACAAGCUUCAGUGCUCAAGCCCAAGGUAUAGGCUUACCUUUUAAAUCAAACAUGCCAACAUGCCAAGACUCAUGAAUAUACAGUGCACUUAAGUUUAUUUACAGCAUGAUCAAGACACAGAUACUUUUUCCUGAACAUAGCUUGAAAGAUGAGUACUGAAAUAAAUAAAACAUUUUAAAGGAAUAGUUCACCCAAAAAUGAAAAUUCUCUCAUCAUUUACUCUCUGUAAAUCACAUAAAUUACAUAAUUGACUUUCUUUCAUCUGCACAACACAAAUUAUCAUUUUUAGAAGAAUAUUUCAGUUCUGUAGGUCCAGACAAUGCAAGUGAAUGUUAACCAAAACUCAAAACGCACAUAAAGGCAGCAUAAAAGUAAUCCAUAAGACUCCAGGGGUUAAAUCAAUGUCUUCUGAUGCGAUAUGAUAGAUGUCUGUGAGAAACAGAUCAAUAUUUAAGUCCUUUUUUACUAUCAAUCUCCACCUUUGACCAGCCUCGACCAGUAGGUGGCAAAAUGCACAAAUAAUGCAGAUCGCCAAAAAACAAAAGAAGAAGAAUGUGGAAGUGAAAGUGGAGAUUUAUAGUAAAAAAGGACUCAAGUAUUGAUCUGUUUCUCACACACACCUGUCAUAUCACUUCUGAAGACAUUAAUUUAAACACUGGAGUCGUAUGGAUUUGUUUGCUCUUCUGCCUUUAUGUGCUUUUCGAAGCUUCAUCGUUCUGACCACAAAUUCAUAGGCAUUGUAUGAGAUGAGAGCUGAAAUAUUCUUCUAAAAAUCUUAAUUUGUGUUCUGCACAAGAAAAAAUGCCAUACACAUCUGGGAUGGCAUGAGGGUGAGAAAAUAAUGAGAGAACUAAUCCUUUAAUAGUAACUAAUUGGUAAACUACAUUUCACAUGUAUUUUAGUUUCUUGGUUUUAAUAUCCUCAGUCAAAUUAAAUAUCACUCUCUUGAAAUGUUAUGAACGUCUGCAUGUCAACUUCUGCAAAUCUACUCUUUCAUUGUCUGACUUUGGGAUACACAGCACCCUUUUUGGAUUUCUGACUAGAUAGCUUGACUUAGUCUGUGUUAUGAUUAUUAUGAAAAAUAGUUUCAUAAUAACAGUUCAAAUAACAGAACAAACAGUUCCUUCACAGAUUUUCUUUUUGUUAACUUGGCUCACAUCCUUACAUUGAAUGACUCAAGCCUUUGGCACUCAAGGUUGAUGUUUGUCAUCUCUCUAUGGCAGGAGUAGACAUCUUCAUUAGUACAGCGGUGUAAUUAAGGGAGUUGUUUCUCCCCGAAUGUUUUGUCAUCUGUCUGGCUUGAUAAAUUUGGUAUCUUUACCAGCUGAAUGUGUCCUCAUUUGCUCCAAAGUACAGCCUUUGAUGUGUGACUAUUUUCUAUUUUAUUUAUUUUGAUGUAAAGAGUGUGUGUGUGUGUGUGUGUGUGUGUGUGUCUGUCCAUGUCCAUUCUAGGUUGACCAAGCAUUUGUGUCCUUUCUCUUUGGAAGUGAAGUGAUAGGACGAUGCAGAAUAUGCACUGAAUGAUUAUUAUUGUUUUUUUUUUAAAUCACUGUCUCCUCUAUAAAUAUGCUUGAAGCAUCUUCGGCUGCCAAAUUUACCCCCCUCCCCUUCAUUUCUCUGUGUGCAAACUUUGGUGAAAAUAAAGGAUUGGAGUUCUGUGAA